UUUGUUUGUGUGGAUGGGUGGAUGUGUUUGCGUGUGCGUGUGUGUGUUGAUUUAGUUUUUUAAAAAGUAUGUCACCAAUCGGUCACCGUACAAAACUGUAAACAAAGUUCGAUAACUCUAAUGUGAACGAUAACCUUAAUUCAAGAAAAGGAAGAAUGUCGCAUUACAAAUUGGAAUCGAUAUGUGGAUCAUCAGCAUCAGUUUCCUUCUCUGGAAUUCCUUAUGCAGAUUUUGACAGAACAGGGCAUUGGGCAGUAUGGUGUAUUUCCAAGAUGUUCGAAGCUUCUCGUUCAGUAUCAAUGCACAAUGGAUUCCUAACCUUUACAAAAUUCGACAGACGAGAAGCAGGGAUGGUCAUUGUCAAACAGAAGUUAAAACUGAAUCCAAAAGUACAUGAAAUGACUUUGAAUUCGAAAACUCGGUUGCAGUUUCAUCUAGAGUUGCUACAGGUCGGGAGAACGUCCAUUAUGUAUGCUGUAUAUUUCAAAGAUGGAGGCACAAAAGAAGUCCUUGGUGAAAAUCAUCUCAAAUUCGUGAGAAUGAGCAGAAAAACAAGACGAGCCAUUGAAUUCCCGGAUUGGUUCUACGAAACGUACGCGCCAUACAUGAAUUCUUCGGGACACCCGGCUCUGUCUAAAGAGAUUCUGCCUGAAAUUCCUGAGAACGCAUUUAAACUCGUCGUUGUUCCAAAUCACAGUGAUACUGAUCGGAACAACCAUGUCAACCAGUCGUCAUAUAUCAAAUUCUGUAUGGAUGUUGCCACGCAUGCGUCAUUAAGUAGACAAUAUAUUCACUUCACAGAGGAUAUGUGUCUCUAUCCUUCUUGUCAAUGGGUGAUAAGUUAUGUCGGUGAAAGCAUGGCAAAUGAUGAACUGCAUAUAUACACGUGGCAACAAGAGAGUGCACCAGAACAAUUUUAUUUUUCUAUUUUGCUUAAAGAUAGAACAAUCGUCCAUGCUUCAGCGAUUUUCGAGAAGGAGGCCAAGGAGAUCAGAAUAGUUUCAAAAAUAUAGCAAGAAAAAAUAGGAAAAUAAUUCUAGUCCUCUGAGAUUUUUGUGGGUGGGGUGAGGGUAAAGAAUUCAAUUUAUUUUUCAGUUAUUGGUUGGUAGUGUUUUUAGUUUUCUACAGCAAAUACUUCUGAAUAUUAAUGUUGUUUCAUUAAGUAUAUAUGUAAUAACCAAUGAAAUCGUUUAAUGAGU